AGAACACACAAACAGACUGUCGAAGCCGCAUGGAUUCGUUCAUAUGGGGAGGCAAUGACGAUGUAACUUGUCUUGUACGUUCCUCAAACCAGUCCACUUUUGGGAACCUCCAGCUUAAACCUCCUGUUGUAUGGCCAAGUCCAGAUACUAUCGAGUCAUCUAAAAACUUGACCCUUUUCGAACAACAGUGGGAAGAAAUGGUUAAUCGGACCCUCAAGGCUGCUACGAAAGCUGAAACUUCCUCGGCACUUAAAGUUCCUGCGCCUCCUCCUCGACCUCGGUCUCAGGAAAAGCAGAGCUGCAUAACAGAGAAAAAAGUUGGAAGUGCAGAGUACUCUGAUUCUGAUGGUCAAUUUAUGUUACGGUUUGAUCUUGGUAUGAUCUUAAUGGCAACCGACGACUUCUCUUCUGAAAAUACACUUGGCCAAGGUGGAUUUGGUACGGUCUAUAAGACAUGGAAAAGAUGGGUUGAAGGAAAGCCUGAGAUUAUAAUUGAUCCUUUAUUGAUAGAAAAUCCAAGAAACGAGAUUGUCAAGUUGAUCCAGAUUGGAUUGUUGUGUGUUCAAGAGAAUGCAACAAAGAGACCAACCAUGAGCUCUGUAUUAAUUUGGCUUGGCAGUGAGACUAUCAUCAUUCCUUUACCUAAAGCUCCUGCUUUCACUUGGAGUCGAUCCCAAUCUGAAAGUGGUGCAAUGUCAAUGAGCGACGAUGUCUUCACAGAGUUGAGUUGUCGUUGAAAGAUAAAUCAGUUAAUCAAAAUGUUGUUUCUUUUUUUGAAACUGAAGGCAAACUAUACAUUGUAUCUUGUUUGUCUUGUUCAUUAUCAUGAUCAAGGAACCUUUCAUUGUAUUUUGUGGUCUUGAGAUAUUUUCCCUUUUGGCAAAUAGACAAUUAAUGUUUGA